AUGGGGCAGCAGGCACGGAAGCGGCGCCUGCCAGCCGGCUCUGGCAGCAGCACGACUGGAGGAGCCAUGCGGGGGCAACAGACGCAGACGGAAGAGCAAUGGGGCCGGCUUCUCGGCUCAGAGCUCGGCGGCCAAGUGCUCACCGCCCCCCCUCGCCCCUUGUUAAUGCGCUUUCAUUUCACCAACAUACCGUUUCCUGUUCUAAAGCUUCCUGCGACUGAAAUCCCACAAUUUGUCCUCAACAAGAUACUGCUGCUCGCCAUGGCCUCUCCCUGGAUCUUACUGGAGAAGGAUGUGUUUAACUCCCAGAAUGAGAGACUGCUGGAAAUCAUCCAUGUCUGGAAAACGGGAAAGAAGAGGAAGAACUCCAUCCUCUGUGUAGUUGUGGCUGCUUGUAGGCCAAUGCAGUUGUUCCUAGAGAAGGUAAAGAAGGCAGAUCGAGGUGAUCAGUACAAGAUGACUGACAGGUGGCCCUUAAAGGAUCUGAAGCUGGUAGAUGGGAAGAAUAUCAAUCAGGAAUGUCUGGAGUUUGAGUUGCAGUUUGAUAAGGUUUACAAGUGGACAGCUGUCAGUGCUGAUGAGAAGAAUGCCUUUAUCAGAUGCUUGUGGAAGCUGAACCGCAGAUACCUCUCCAGCAGCAUUGCAUUUGUUAGCAUCCCCUCCUGCAUGCUGGAAGGGAAACAGAGUCUACAAGAGGUUGGAAACGCCAGCGCAGAGGCUGGGGACCAGGCGGAGCACAGUGCCUACCAGGAGAUGACACCAAAGGAAACGGCUGACAUGCUGAAGCUAAUGGAGGAGUAUGAGCCAAUAGUGAAUAAUUCCAUGGCCUUUGCAGAGAAGUUGAGCAAAGACCUCCAGGUGCUGGAUGAGGCCAAUCUCCAGGCCAUCAUCUCUUCCGAGAAGCAGGUGACAUUGCUGAUGGGUUCCAUUGAUGAGGCCCUGGCAGAAGUUGCCAAAGUGGAGGAGACCUUGCAAGUUUAUGAUGAGCUGCUGGGGAGUGUGAAGCAGCAGAUGGAUCACAUCCAGCAGGGGAACUCCUUGCUACACCAGAUAGACUCCAACCAUGAGAAGCUCAUGAGCGAGAUUCUCUUCCUCACGAGUAACCUGGACCUUAGUGAGAAGCACCGCCAGGUUCUGAGCCAAGGCGACCUCUCUAGACCCAGCAAAGUGAAGGCCUGCAUUGCAGCAGCAGAAGCUCUUUCCAGCUGCAUGAAUGUUCAGAUACAACCCGGUUACCGGAAGCUGCAGGCCAUAGCAGAACAGUUGAUCAUGUUUGAAACGCUGAAGCAGAACUUUGAAAACAGUUUCAUCAGCCAUAUUACAAGCAUCUUUGAACUGCAGGGAAAUGGUCAAGUUCCUUCUCGAAUGCAGCAGGCUAGUGAGCUAAUUUCAUCCACCCAUGGGCCCUACCAUGACAACCUGCUACCUUACACUCCACUUAUGGCCUGGCUGAAGAAUGCCAACCCGAUCCUGUUCCAUGACCUCCCAAAGGUCUAUGCCUGGAAUCUUAGCAGACUCUAUGAGAGGGAAAUCAAAGCUUUUUUCGAGCUGGCCAGAAUGCUGCUGCUGGGAAGAACAAAGGAAUGUUUUCAAGAAGGUCUAGACAAGCAGGUGGCCUGUGGGAGCAGACAGCACCCUCGGUUCUGUCUCGCUGACAGCAGAGAAGAGGAAGAGGAUGAACUGGACAGAGGAAAUGUUGUCAAAAUGCUGGAGCAGGUGUUGAGAGAGCUGCAACCCCUGUGCAUCGCGGAGCAGAGGUUUAUUGAGCAAUUCUUUAUGCUGCAGCAGGAUGCUGCAGCCCAAGAGAGGCUGGGGGUAACAAGCAAGGGAGGAAAGGAUGUGGCGUUUCCUGAGAAGUCUCAUUGGCCCAAGACUAAGACCGAACUAGAAGAGCAGCCCACCCAGCUGCUGUCUGAGAUCUUCAGUUCCCUGGAGCCAGAGCUGAGAGGAUUUAUAGAUACCUGCAAUAAAGUCCAACAGUUUAGCUGUCUGCAGGUCCUGGUCACCCUGAAUGACUACAUGUUUGAGAUACAGGGCUCUUCUGCAGCCACCUCCUCCUCCUUCCUCAAUGUGGUCCUCAGCAACAUCCUGCUCCUGGCCAAGAACAACUUCAACAAGUGCAUUUGUGUCCUGUGCAAAGAAAUCGAGGAAGCGAAGGUACCUAGCAGGGCUAAGGGCGGGAUCCUGCCUUUUGUCAGCCGCUUUGAGGAGUUCGUGAAUUUCUCGGAGGAUGUGUUCAGAUGGGCUCAGCAGAGAGGCGAGCUGGACAAAGCUCACACCAAACUGGUGGGCAGCGUCUUCAGCAGCAUCAACGGUCUGGCCUCAGCAAACCUGAAGGUCAAUACGGACAUGGUCAUGAUGGAAAACUUCCACCACAUCCACUGCUUUCUGUACCAAAAGAAGAUCCAGUGCUUGGAAAGCAAGAGAAGGGAAGCCAAGCAAAGGUACCAUGAGCACCUGGAGAGAUAUGUCACCAAGUACCUGGGACAGCCACUGGAGAAACUUAACCAUUUCUUCGAGGGGGUGAAAGCCCGCGUGGCUCAGGGAGUGAAAGAAGAGGAAGUGAGUUUCCAGCUGGCGUACAGCAAGCAGGAGCUGCGGAAGGUGAUAGAAAAGUACCCUGGCAAGGAGGUGAAGAGAGCUCUGGAUACUCUCUACAGGAAGAUUCACAAGUAUCUCUCCCCUGAGGAAAACCUCCUGCCGGUGGUCUGGCGAGCCAUGGAACAGAAGUUCAUACAACAGUAUCAAGAGUUCGAGAACCUUAUCCAGCGCUGCUACCCAGGAUCAGGGAUCACAAUGGACUUCACCGUGGAGGACUUGCUGAACUAUUUUAUCUCCAUCACUCAGUCCAGCAUGUGAAAGCAAUCCCUGCUGGCUAGGCAUGUGGUGAGAACAGCUCUCGCUGGUGCCAAAAAAGCUCCAUCAGCAGCCAAGGAGCCAAAAUGACCAUGUGAAAAUUUACUCUGGACUGACAUUUGGCACAAGAGUUCUUAGCCUAAGUUUAAUCCAAUAUGGGGAUCUACUGAAUUAAAGGGGAACUUUCACAGUUGUCAGCCUAAAAAUUGACCUUCCCUGAGAGUGGAAGCUUUGGGAUUCUUCUUCCCCCAGCAGAUCCAUGCACAGCCAAUAAUAAGCCCAAACUGCUGGGUUUCUGUGACUUUCCUACAGCACUGCUUUGUAACAUCCUGUCAGAGUGCGUGGCCAUAGAAAUCUCCUGUCGGAGCAUCCCAUGCUCAUUAGACCCUUUCUAGGCAAGCACAUCAGCUUUUUUAUGCCAAGUCGCACAGCACUGAUCAGAUAGGGGAAGGUGGCGAGACAUAUUUGCAACUCUGAACUUAUGGAUUUAUAGUAGGGUCCAAACGGGGAUGUAAUUUUUGGCCACUUUGACUAUUUCCAGUUAAUCUCUCUUCCGCGUUCAACAUACCCGGUUUUAUAUAAAACUAGAGAUGGAUCCAUGGUUAACAAUUUGGAUCUGGAUUUCAAACGCCCCAAAAUUCCAGGGAGUCCGGAUCUAGGGGAUUGGUGCAGCCCAUUGUAAAACUAAGGAUCAUUUGUAAAAUCUGGAUAUGGGUUUGGAAUUCCAACACCCCUAAUGUUUAUGGUUGUUUGGGUUCGAGGUUUUGGUUUAGGUCUGUCUAUACAAAGCACAAAGUUUGUUUCCUUUCCAUAGCCCAGCGUCUCCCACAAUUCUGGUAUGAAUGGGCUAUUCUCCUCCUGUCUGCAGUUUCAACAGGUGGUUCAAAGCUGCAGCAGAGCCUGUGCUAUUCAUGUCCCUUUCUCCUGCUUGCUACCAGUUCUUCAGUUUCCACAGAAGCAGGCAAAUGGCGGUUUGCUUCUCUCCUGUCCCUUUCUUUUAGAUGUAUUUGUAGCCAUUUUGGUGGCAGUUAUAGUAUUCGUGUUUAUUUUCAAGUCUCCUCACCUCCUCCCAGUCAGUAUCUAAGCAGCUCCAGGGUCAGAGACACCCGGAUCGGCCUCAGAGUCCAAAACCAGAGCAGCCCGUUCUCUCUUUGAUAUGGCUGAAAUGAGCCAUCUCUCUGCUUGCCAAGAACAUUUCCACAGGCUUGCCCAAUAGCAGCUGGACAUGCCAUAAGGGGUGGUUCUUGUUUCUUCCUUUGGCUGCAUUAAAGCAAAUGGAUCCAUGCUUAUGAAUGACGCACUGCAACAUAAAGGGCUUUCCAUCACACGUGUGCAUGCUGUUAGCCAUCUCAAAUGUUGCUUAAUCUAUCAAUGCUGCUGUACAAAGAGUUUAAAAAUAAGAAUUAUUUUUGUGACA